CCCUGUCACAUGACAGCUAUUUGUUUACGUUUUCAUUCAAGAGAUUUACCUGAAAAUCAAUAAUAUGAAUUUUAUGUAAAAUUUAUUAACUAAUGCGUUCAUUAUUUCUUGAUAUUAUACUACAGGAAACCCUAAACCCAAAUAUUACCAUGGCAUGAUACACACAAGGAAUAUUAAUUACCAAUGGCGUGAAGUCAUUUGGAAGCACGUAACAGCAUUUCCAUUAUAAGAACUACACUUCAUAACUUAUUAGUUUGAUAGUGAAUAACCUCACUACUUAAAAAUGCUUUUAAAAGUAGAAUCAAUAAGGAAUAAGUCUUUAAAACGUAUUUUAGAGCACAGUGUUUACAUAUUAAUAUUAUUGGUUUUCAUACCAACUUUCUUGUUUUUUGAAAUUCUUGUUGUGUUGCCUACAGUGGCAGAACAAUGGUCAGUGGCAUACUUUAUACAUUUGAUAUGUAUAGCAUUUUUGUUAGUGAAUAUUGUAGGCAACAUGUUGUUUGGCAUGCUGGUCGACACUAGUAUAAAAGGGAAACUAUUAGGUUCUGAUAAGACUAACUGGUCAUUUUGUGCUGCAUGUGAAUGUCUGAGGCCGCCUCGAUCAUGGCACUGUGAGACAUGUGACAUAUGCAUCUUGAAAAGAGAUCAUCACUGUACAUUUUUUGCUUGUUGUGUUGGGUAUUUCAAUCAGAGAUACUUCAUUAAUUUUGUCUUGCACAUCUUUGUAGCUAUGGUGUAUGCAUUCUAUUACAAUACAAGAUAUGUGGCCUCAUUUAUGCCCUGGGACAGUGGUUUACUAAUUAUUAAGUUUAUAUUUCCUUUGUUAUGCUUCAUGAUCGAUUUUGGUCUGAACAGUCUUUAUGUGUUUCUCAUAGAUAUUAACUUUAUAGUGGCACUUUUCACAGGAUAUUUAUUUCUCUUUCAUAGUGACAACAUUUUGAAAGGAAGAACAACUCCUGAGGCCAAACACAAAACCAAUCAUGAUAAAGGUUGGAAAUAUAAUGUAAUUGAUGUGUUAGGUUCCAGAUGGUACUUGACUUGGAUAUGUCCCUUCAUUAGCAGUCCUCUCCCUGGUAAUGGUAUUGAUUGGGAAGUGGUAGAUAAGCAGGAAUAAUUCCAAAAUAAUUAUAACUCAUAAAACAUUAGACCUCAGAUGUGCCUUAUAGUGAGUUUUAAGACUGUUGUAAGCAAUCAGCUUUUCUGUGUAUUAUUUUCAAGUACAAAUUUUAAUUUAAGUUAUACCUACAUAAGCAUAAUGUUGUACUUAAUAAAUAU